AGAGUUAAUGUGCUGCUUUUCUGAGCUCCUGCGAGCAUGGUGAAUGUUCCCAAGACCCGCCAAACAUUCUGCAAAAAAUGUGGGAAGCACCAACCCCACAAGGUGACACAGUACAAGAAGGGCAAGGAUUCUUUGUAUGCCCAGGAAAAGCGGUGUUAUGACAGGAAGCAGAGUGGUUAUGGUGGGCAGACUAAGCCUAUUUUCCGCAAAAAGGCUAAGACUACAAAGAAGAUUGUGCUGAGACUGGAGUGUGUGGAUACCAGCUGCAGGUCUAAGAGGAUGCUGGCUAUUAAGAGAUGCAAGCAUUUUGAAUUAGGAGGCGACAAGAAGAGAAAGGGCCAAGUGAUCCAGUUCUAAACCGAUUUUGUUAUGGCAACAAUAGAAUCAUGACCUUUCACCCCCUUUGAUUGUAAUUGGUUUUUUGGGAGAGAAUACAAU